AUGGAGGACUCUACGCCGCCGAUUACGACCACUUCAGCUGCCGCCAUCGCUUCCGCUGCCGCCGCCGUAACUACUCUUGAACGCUCAGUGUCGCAACAGUCCGUCCUCUCUACUACCCGGAGCCACCGGUCUCGAACUUCAAGCACCGCCCGCGCCCGCAAUAGGUUGACAUCAUACCCGUCCAGUUCCGCGUCUUCCAUCGCCCCGUCCGACAAGUCGCUUACCUCGUUCCCUUCCUUCUCGCCUGAGUCGCCCCGCCAGGAGCUGUCGUUUUUCGAGCUCAACCCAUCCGCUUUCUCGCCCUCCAUAUCACCUUCGCGGAACUCGCGAAAGUCGUCCGAUCCCAUCUCCGUCGCCGACUCCGUGAGCAACGACAGCGACCCGCACCAAACCCUUGAAGCUCCACGGCCUCAGCUGAUACGGCCUGCCUCUAUUGUCGAAAGUUUGACCACGGCAGAGCCCGAGCCAGAUACACGCAACGCACUCUUCGAAGAUGUGCCUAUUACCGCCAACAAGAUCCCUGGCUCCCUUCACCACGCCGACAACGCCCACAUUGAGCGCCUGAUCGCUCGCCAUGGCGCCGUCAACCUGGUCAGACAGAUAUCCCAGGAUCUCGCAGAGCGCGAUGCUCAGAUCGCUACUUUGCGCCGACGUGCCGACGACCGAGAACGCGCCCUGCGAAAGAUUAUCUUGGAAUGCGGUCUGUCUACCCUGGACCUGGAAACUCGCCUGCGCGCGAUCGAGCAGGAUGCCAAACAGACAAGUAUGGCCAGAAAAGGCACCAACGACAACGGAUUAUCAGAUCUCAUGAACGAAGCCAUGACCCACGACCUCAGAACCAUCGGCGCAAGCACAGGCCUGAAUGACGCAACCAUACGCGCUACCACCAUGUCGGUGCCUCCUGCAGCCGAUACUGAAACCACAAAGGGUACGACCAAGGGCUGGAAAGACUUUCUGUGGGGUACUGGUACGACGGCAAAGAAUUCAGGUCGGCCGAGCAGCGUCACUAGUGCUGGCACUGGUACAGGUGCAGGUGCUAUGGAUACCUCCAAGACGGUCAUCAGAGGCAGUGAGCGCCGCCCGACACUGGCCGACGAUCUGUUCAACCCGCCCGAGACGGACUCGACAGACUCUGUGCAGAGCUCUAGUAGGGCAUCCAGCAUCAACUCAGCGAAUGAGUCGCGGAAAUCGUCGCUGGCCAGUCUUGCUUUACGGCUGGUUGCAGGUGGUGCAACCACGGGACGUAACGGUGACAUGCGCGGCCGUGCCAACACCGCGCGCCAACCCGGGGGCUCCAUGAGAACGCCGUCUACAUCAAGCCGCGCCGCAAGCUCCGUCUCAAACCGUACAGUCUCAGCCUCCCAAACGGGCCCUAGAUCGCUCAUGGCGAUGCGCCGCCCUACCGGCCCCGCUAAACCUAUUGAUGUGCCCCAGCGAUAUCAGCAACAGGACCGGUGGGAUACCAUGGGGUCCAGUCCCUCGAGAGACCUUGUGUCUCGCCAGCAGAGUUAUGGCCCGGUCGAGAUGGACACCAUUCUCCCCCCCGAAGUUCAGCCGCCAACACUGACGCACAUAUACAACAACCAUUUUGGGUCCGAAUUUCUUACUGACCGCUUCGGCUUUAUCUAUGAUCAGCGAAGAAAGAAACGGCAAAGAGAGGCCGCCAGAAUGGCGCGCCAUGUAAAGAAGCCCAGUCGUACCGAGAUGCUUAGCACUGGCCGGAACAGGUUAUCCCCGGUCAUGUUGGACGAGGGCUCUAGUGGCAGGGGAGACACAGCGAACGAGGCCGGGCAGGAAUCUCCUUCGGCUGAGGAACAGCGGGAUGAUUCUAAGCCGAGAAAGUGGCAGGAUUACCUCAAAAUCGCAACAUUCCCAACCGAACUGCUCUCUCACACCCCGUUGAUUACCGUACCAGGCUUCGAGGUGAUGGAAGGUGGUGAGGUACCCGAGGCACCCAGAUCGCCUGGCUUGAUAACGUCAGAGGAGCGUGGGUUCGUCCCCUCGGCUACUCCUGCCAUCACCGCUAUCGCAAUGCCAGAGAAUGAGGAUGAACCCUCACCAGACGAAGGGGAGCAACAAUCGUCCUCAGGCAACAUGGCAAAGGAGGAUGCGGAACCUGUUAGGCUGUUGUUGCAAAACCUCAAUCAGCUCCACGAUACACUGCAAAGGGAAAAGACUGUGCGGUGGAACGACUUCCUCCGUAAGGUGCGGGCGGAAAGAAAACGGGACGGAGAGGCUGCCGCUGCCGCUGCCGCCGCCGCCGCCGAGGCUAGGUUUCAGAGGGCCGAAGCAGUGAUGCCUGAGACAAGACUAGGAGACGGUGAGCUGAUAGGUGUCGCGAGUUUGGGUAUUCAAGGCAAGGUUGGACGUGCCAAGGCCAAUGAGUUUAGGCAACUCAUACUUGGUGGCAUUCCUGUCGCCUAUCGGUCCAAGAUCUGGUCCGAAUGUUGCGGGACCAUAGCUUUGCGCAUCCCAGGCUAUUACGAUGACCUUGUCAACCGGCCAGAGGAUCAGGACGAUGCGCAAGUCGUGGCACAGAUCAAGGCCGAUAUUACUCGCACCCUGACGGACAACAUCUUCUUCCGUAAGGGUCCAGGAGUGCUACUUGCCUAUGCCCGGCGUAAUCCGGAUGUGGGCUAUUGUCAGGGCAUGAACCUCGUCGUCGCCAAUCUUCUUCUUAUCACCCCCUGCGCCGAGGACGCUUUCUGGAUCCUGGUGUCUAUUGUUGAGAAUAUCCUCCCGCCCAACUACUUUGACCAUAGCCUUCUCGCCUCCAGGGCUGACCAGCAGGUCUUGCGACAAUAUGUGUCCGAGGUUCUCCCCAAGCUUAGUGCUCACUUCGAAGAGCUUGGCAUCACUCUCGAGACGAUGACGUUCCAGUGGUUCCUGUCCGUUUUUACAGACUGCCUUUCUGCCGAGGCCCUCUUUCGCGUUUGGGACGUACUGCUUUGCACCCAUGACGGUGGGGUGUUCCUAUUCCAGGUCGCAUUGGCUCUGCUGAAGCUGAAUGAACGCCAGCUGCUUGCCUGUGAUUCGGCGGCGCAUAUCUACAGCUACAUCAACCAUCAGAUGACCAAUCAUGCAAUCAGUAUUGAUGGUCUGAUACAAGCCUCAGAGGCGCUGAGAAGAGUGGUGCAGAGAGACGAGGUGGAAGCAAGACGAGCGAAGGCCGUUGAGGCGGAAAAGGAAAUGAGUCUAGCCAGGGAGAAGAGACGGGAGGAGAUGCAACAGCAAAUAAAGAAGCUGGCGGAAGCGCAGGCGCAAAAGACAGCGGCAGCGCCGGCCGUUGCUGACCAGGUGGUGACAUCGGUGAACGUACCUUCCAAUGUUUCAAACACGCCGGCAGUGGGAGCAAAUGAUGGGAUAACAGGGACUAUACAAUCGGCUGGAGGCAUAACUGCUUGA